AUGUCAGUUUAUAGAAUAUUAGGAGGAGUCUAUAUAUCCUCAAUCGAACCAAUCAACCAAGGACUCGACCUUAAAACCCAAUAUGGAAUAACCCAUAUCUUAUCCAUCAUCCCGGGCCCAAUCCCACAACAAUACUCAUCAUCCUCCACAUAUACCUGGAAACAAAUCGAAGUCACCGAUGAAGAAACUACAAAUUUAUUACCCUAUUUCAAUGAUUGUUAUGAAUUUAUAGAAUCGGGAUUAUUCAAAGAUUCGGUGGAUAAAAAGAAACAUCUGGCUUGUGUAUUGAUACAUUGUUCACAAGGAGUUUCAAGAUCUGUUGCUAUUGUGAUGGCAUAUUUGAUGAAGAAAUAUAAUCUUAGUUUGGAACAAUCCUUACAUGCCGUCAAGAGGAAAAGUCCAGCAGUGGGACCGAAUGCGGCGUUUAUGGAACAAUUGAAGUUGUAUAAAGAAAUGAAUUGUGUUGUGGAUGAGAAUAAUGAAAUAUAUAGACAAUAUCUUGUGGAGCUUAAUCUUAAGAUAGACCCAACUGGGCAAUCAUUACGGGAAUUAAUGAUGCAGAAAGCAGAAAUUGGAAAACAGCAACAAGAGAAAUCAGGUGAGCAACAAGAAAAGUUUGAUUUAAGAUGUAAGAGAUGUCGACAAGUAGUUGCAAAUAACACCCAUAUAGAAUUUCAUUCCAUCCCAGAAUCAGAUUCUCGUCAACAUCAAUUCAUAAAAACCGCUCCAAAUUCAAGAAGAAUCAUAUCUGUUCAAGAAGGAAGUUCAAAAUGUUCACAUUAUUUCCUUAAAGAACCUUUGGUAUGGAUGAAAGAAGAACUUGAUAAGGCAGAACUAGAAGGGAGAUUCCAAUGUCCAAAAUGUGCUUCCAAAGUUGGAGGAUAUAGUUGGAGAGGUUCUCGUUGUUCUUGUGGGAAAUGGAUGGUUCCGGCAAUUCAUUUACAAGAUGCAAAAGUUGAUUUAAUUAAAGAUGUACAUGCUCCUAUACAUUCCUUCCAAGGAUAA